GGGUCCUACCGCCGAGCGAGGAGUUUCAAUCUCGCGUGUGGUUGUCCAGCAGGUUGGAAGCAAGUGAGGGGAACCUGGUGUGGUUCAAGUGUCGGGAGGUCCUACAGGAUGCUUCGGUGGCAACGCAUGACGAAGCGCUCCACUACUAUGAGUCCUGGAAAUGGAGAGAUCCGAGUCGGAGAGGGGGGAGUGUAAGUCCAGGUGCACUCUGGCUGGGAAUGGGACUCAUUGUCCUAGAUCACGCAGGUCGUGGGACCGUUAACGAGCAGCAGGAGAUGCUCGACGAAUUUCCUCAGGAGCUUCCAAUGUCAGAUGAGCUAGCCGAGGCCGUCCAUUGGGCUUCCACUCAGGUCCCCUACGCUGAAGGCCGGGGCUUUGUGGAAGGGGAGGUGCAUCAAGGUAUCAGGCGAAGGUUUGGCUAUCGCCCAGAGACCAUUGGGGGUGCACUAGACCCCAGCCAUUUCCCCAGGCUGUAUGAGCAAGGAGUUACUCCAGAACGGUUCUUGGCAUUGAGAGAGCAAGUGUCCGGCCUCUCGUUCAUUCAGAGAAUCAUUGUGACUCGCGCCGUCACUGCUGGAGGCACAGUUGAUCCGCCGAGGAUGUCCCGUCGAGGAGACAGUGAGUUUGCUCAGGAGGUCGAACAGGCUGAGGCUGAGCAUCAGUUGCAGAGGGAGCGUGAGAAUGAGGACGACUCCGACGAAGGAGAAGAGUGGCUGGACGAAGGCAUUGUGGUUACAGACUGGGAAGACCUCGAAGGAGGACCAGUCAAGGAAGAUGCUGACUUCUUUGAGGUGCCAGCUGAAGGCAGCCGUCUACAUCAGGCACAAGCGUCGCCGCCGGGCGACCAAGUUGAGAUGUGUGAGUUGGUUGCCGCCGCUGUUCCUCUGGCCUUUGAUGAGACGGCAAGGGAAGAGCUUGACCGGAGGCAGCUUCGACUUCAGGCUUUGAUCAAAAGGGAGAGCAAUUUGCAUGUGCAAGCGGUUGUGUGUGACUCCGCCAAUGGUGGAGAGCGAGUGGAGUCCCUUCGCAGCGUUGCUCAGCAAGUGGAGCAGGCCACUCAGGACCUCCAACAGUCCUACGAUGAGGUGUUGCAGACCCACGUAGUCCCGAACGCUGUUGUGGAGCGUGAUCCCAGGGAGUGGAUUAGUCCGAUGAGGGAGGAGUAUGAAGGCUUGCAGAAGGCGGUGAAGCCUCUGGAUGAAGCCACACUGGAGCAGUGGCGCCGCGACGGAACCCCCUGCGAGGUCAUCCCUGCGAAGGUCAUUUUCAGCAUUAAGGCGCCAAAAGGAAGGCGAAAGGUGCGAUGUGUAUGCUGCGGGAACUUUGCACGAAGCGACCGGUGGUCGCGGGCCGACACCUACUCCGGAGGGAUUGACGCUGUCACCCUGCGUACACUGUUGCAGUUCGCAGGUCUACGGAAGCUGGAUCUAGGACAGCCGCAGACCCCAGACGGGGAGGACAAGGAAGGCUUCGAGGGCCGAGUGCAAAAAGCACAACAGCUCGGGGGAGAGCUGCUUUGGUUGUCUACCCACAGCAGAUGCGACCUUGCCUACUCUGUUUCAGUCAUCUCUGCUUGGAUGACCAAACACCCAGCAGCAGCCGUAGAGCGAGGCCUCAAGGUUUUGCGGUACCUCAAGGCCUACCCAGAGCUUUGUUUGAAAUAUGGGUCUGCCCCCAACGACAAGGGCCCCGAGGGAGUCCUUAAGGUCGAAAGGUCUGAGGACCUUGUGGAGGGAUAUAGCGAUGCCUCGUUUGCUCCCGAAAGCUCGCGCUCACAUGGGGCUUUCCUGACUGUAUGGGCCGGAGCCACGAUCAACUGGUGCAGCAAGAAGCAGGCCUACAUGACGAUGUCGACAUGCGAGUCGGAGCUUGGAGCCCUAAGUGAUUCGGGCCAGGCGGUUAUGUCCAUUUGCCCCCUGAUCAAUGAGUUUCUAGGGGGUCGUGCAAUGGUGCCGCCGAACGCUCUGCUGCAAGAGCAGAACAACCCUAUCUCGAGGGCACGAGUGGUGUUGUACACAGACAACACGGCUUCGGUAGCCGUGGUGUCUCUCCCAGGAGGGACGUGGCGUACACGCCACCUACGGAUAAAAGGGGCGUGGUUGCAAGAGCAGGUUGUUAGAGGUUGGAUAGUGACCCAUCUGCCUGGAGCAUCCCUGUGUGCCGAUGCCUUGACCAAGGCCCUCCCUCGCGAGAGGUUCCACCUACUCCUGCGAUUGUGUGAGCUCGCGACGCUUCCAAAGGAUCGAGUGGCCGCGAUUCGCAACACCGAGUCGCUGAGGCGAGCCCUGGCUGUGGUGAUUGUUGCCGCGUGUGCCCAAGGAGCGGCCGGACAACCCAACGACGAAGACGAGACCAGUGAAGUGUGGUGGUUUUGGGUCGUGAUGCUCAUUGUGGUAGUUUCGGUUUGGGAAGGGGUUAAGGUAGUGGUACGGCGGCUGGCCGUGAACACUACGACCCGGAGACAAGUCUCGCGAGGCACGCAGACGGAGAAUGGGAGCCAAGCUCGGGGGAGUCAAACGGAACCCGUUCAGACUGAGCGGGGAAGGGCGAUGCCACGUCCGGGAACAAGCCUCUGGUCGUAUGAGGACUACGCUGAAGCUACUCAGUUCGUGCAAUAUGGCGACGACGCGGCGGCUGCAUUCCCCGCGCGGGGUACCGUCCCCACUGAGAACUUCGGCGGCAUCGCCCUGUACCGUGGUUUGGAGUUUGUUUUGGCUCCACUGUGCACCACCUGGGUUGCCCCUGGGUGGCAACACGACUUCGUUGUCUUUUCCCCUUUUGAGAGGCAACUACAUCGCCAAGAACCGGCCAUGGGUGCGGGCAUUUCUUCAGCAAUGGGCCUCUCGGAAGGCAACAACCAAUCUAAGGUGGAGACCCUGGAGCUCUCCGGUGCCAGCCGGGUCCGAGAGCUUUACGGUGGGCUGGAAGCCAAGGUCUUCUUCGUACUUUCAGCGGAGAUUGGGGAGGUGGACAACCUCCAGCCCUACUGGAGCUUCGUGGAAGCAUCCAUGCGCGUCCUCGGACCACCGAGGAGGGGCAAGGGCUUCUACCAGGCAUCCUGUCUGCUUGCCAUCUGGCCUCGAAUGUUGCUCGGUAAGAGCUUCUUCGUCGACGAUGGUGUCUACCUGAACAAGCACGUGAGCUCUGUGGGGCCGGCCGUCAUGCAUCAUGGCAUCAAGGAUCCCCGGGACGUGGCGGAGGUGUACUUUUCCGACCUGACGCAGUGCAUCGUGAACCGCAGCGUUGUAGUGACUGCCCAGAAGAUGGGUCAGGAAGCGUUGAACCUGGCAGAAGGCUACAGCGGCCUCUACCCGCAGGGCCCAGGCUAUUCCAACACGGACGAAGAGUCGGCCCGCUACCAGCUAUUUAAGGCUACGCAGGAACGUGUGGAUCGCCUGAACAAGCUCAAUGGUGAGCCCGCCUUCGGCAUCACCUGGAUGGCUGAUCGUCGUGAGCAAGAGAAGUACACGAGGGGCUUUCGGAUGCCCAAGGACUUCGAGCCUCUUGCGCCGGUGCGAAACUUCUCCGAUGCCACGGCAAAGGCUGUUGACUGGCGCCUCACUGAGGCCGUGACGCCGAUCAAGAAUCAAGGUCAGUGCGGGUCCUGCUGGGCAUUUAGUGCAACUGAAGCCAUCGAGUCCCAGCUUAUCCUUGGCUCGGGUGGCAAAUACGACAUCUCACUGUCGCCCCAGCAGAUCACAAGCUGCGCUUGGAGCAAAGGAAAAUUCGGCUGCUUUGGCUGCGACGGGGGCUUCACAGAGGGUGCCUAUGAAUAUCUCAAGAAGGUGCCGGGCCUCGCCAACAGCUUCUACAUCCCGUACGCACAGAGCUUGACAGACUCCGACAAAACAGCCGCCUGCCCACAGCAUAAGGUGGAAACCAUGGAUGGACCCAACAAGCAGCUCACAGGUGGUUACGCUGCCGUGACAGGCUACAGCUAUGCUGUGAAGCCUUGCAUGAAGCGUGGGAGCAGCUGCAAAGAUCAGGACUUGAAGGGCUUGGCAGCUGCGUUGGAGGAAUCUCCCGUCUCGGUGUGCGUCAAUUCAGAAAACUGGGACGACUACACCAGUGGCGUCAUGUCGUCUGCCGCAUGUGGUGAGAUGGGCAGGGACUAUCUGGACCAUUGCGUGAUGGCCGUGGGCUUUAACGCGACGGCUCCCAAACCUUAUUGGAUCGUUCGCAACAGCUGGGCCUCGACUUGGGGGAUGCAGGGCUACAUUUACCUGGAGAUGGCCAAGAACACUUGCGGUGUCGCCGAUGAUGCCACGAUCCCCCACGUCAAGGUGGAUCUCCCGGAGGCAGAGGCCAAGGAGGUCGCAGAGAAGCGCGCGGAGAUGUUCCGCCGCGCCACGAAGGCGGCCGUGCCGGCCGGCCCGGUGCAAGUCGUGGUGGCCAACUUCACCUGCGAGCCUUUGGCCCCUGACGUGGUGCUGGGAUCUCUGAGCUUCGUGCAGGAAGCUUCAGAGACGCAGGCGACGAGGCGCGUCAGGCGGCACGCCGCCCUGGCUGUGGGUGCCGAUGGCACAGCUCGGGCUCUGCAUGAGGAG